AUGAAGAUUCGAAGGCACAAGUUAUUUUUCUGCUGCGCGUUGGCUCUGUGUGUCCUCUCCCAGCUGCACUACUACUCUGUCAAUGCCCUGAGCUUCCUCUGGAGAGGGAAGGGGAACCCUUCAUACAAUGCUCACCCAGAGAGGUGGCCUCUCCAAUGGCCUGUACCCUUUGACACUGGCCUGUGGGAACCAGGGGAAUACCGGGAGGAAAAGGGGAAUGCAGAGGUGGGUGAGGACCCAUGGGGCAAGGAGCAGCCUGACUCAGGGAAUGUAAACAGAAUGACGGUCACUUUCCCAGACCCCAAAGGGCCAAGGAGGGAACUUCACAAACAGAGCUUCCAUCUUCGCGAUGACCCCACCCUGUUCUUUGUGCACACCAAGUCUGGAGCAUACUGCUUCAGAGAGGGGACAGAAAUGACUUCUCUCAAAGACCACUUAGGACAAAAGGUCCAGGCGGCCGGAGAGGGCCAGCGUAAGAUCCUGCAAGCAAACCAAGAGGAACCCAAGUCAGCCCAAGGGAAAUCAGCCUGGGGGAAGAGGCUGGUGAAGUGUAUGUGUCGCCCAGGCUGGCACGGCCCUCACUGUGGCAUCCCAACCAUGGUGCAACACUCCAACCUGCCCACUAAGGGGCGUCUGACACCCAGAAAGGUUCCUCGGAGGGUCAUCAAUGCCAUUAAUAUCAACCACGAGUUUGACCUCCUCCACGCCCGCUUUCACGAGUUGGCCGACACAGUGGACCUCUUCCUGGUGUGUGAGUCAAACUUCACGGCCUACGGAAAUUCCAAGCCACUACACUUCCUGCGCCUUCUGCUCAACGGGACCUACGACUAUGUGCACAAUAAGAUCCUCUAUGUAUUACUCGAUCACUUCCCUAAAGGUGGCCAGCAGAACGGGUGGAUUGCUGACGACUACCUGCGAACGUUUCUAAGCCGUGACGGGAUGUCCAGGGUGCAAGGCGCCAGGCCGGAUGAUGUCUUCCUCAUCAACGACGCAGACGAGAUCCCGGCCCGCGAGGGCAUCCUCUUCCUCAAACUCUACGACGGCUGGACGGAACCUGUGUCCAUCCAUAUGAGAAAGUCCCUUUAUGGUUUCUUCUGGAGGCAGCCCGGGACGCUGGACGUCCUCUCCGCCUGCACCGUCGCAAUGCUCUUCGCUGUCUACAAUGGAGACGGGAUAUCACUGAGGCGCAGGGAAUACUUCUCCAUGCCGGGUUUCCAGAACUACCAGAGGAAGAGUGGACACAUCCUGGUGCAGUGGUCCAUUGGGAGCCCCGUCCACUACGCAGGCUGGCACUGUUCCUGGUGCUUCAGACCAGAGGGAAUCUCCCAAAAGCUAAUCUCUGCCCAGAAUGGAGACUUCCCCCGCUGGGGAGACUAUGUGGAAAAACGAGACCUGAACUACAUCAAGGGCUUGAUCCGGACUGGGGGAUGGUUCGAUGGCUCGGUGGGGGAGUACCCACCUACAGACCCGAAAGAGCCUAUGUACUCACCCAAAUAUCUAUUAAAGAACUUUCAGCUGUAUCGCUACGUACUUGAUAACCCAUAUGCCUUAUUCUGGUAGAAAACCGGUGAGGAUUCUUUUCUCAUUGUUGAUUUCAAUGGAAGGAAUAUUAACUUCAAGGGGUGUUGCCUGAACAACAUCUCUCUGAUGUCUGGAUCUAUGAAACCUCCACCUUCCCCUCUAAUUGAAGGGCAGGCCGUCCACUUCCUGUCUAAAGACGAAGUAACUAGCAGGUGAGAGGAGGAAUGA